CCUGCAGCCGCCGGUCGGAGGCGCAAUCCCUAGGCCUUGGCGCCCGGGCGCGCCCCUGGGGAGUCGGCGCGGAGUCCGCUGAGCUGCCAGGCUCGCCCCUGCCCGGCGCGGAGGGCGCGGAGCAUCAUACUGCUCAAGACAGGGCCACAGUCCGCCAGCAUUGGUUUCGCCUUAUUAGAAAUGCGUAACCUUGGGCUCCACUCUAGACGUAUUGAAGCAGAAUCUGUGUUUUAACAAGAUUCUCAGGAUAUUCCUGGUGGUCUUGGAACAGAUUGAAUCAUGGAAUCAAUCUCUAUGAUGGGAAGCCCUAAGAGCCUGAGUGAAACUUUUCUGCCCAAUGGAAUAAAUGGUAUCAAAGAUGCAAGGAAGGUCACUGUAGGUGUAAUUGGAAGUGGAGAUUUUGCUAAAUCCCUCACCAUUCGACUUAUUAGAUGUGGCUAUCAUGUGGUCAUAGGAAGCAGAAAUCCUAAGUUUGCAUCUGAAUUUUUUCCUCAUGUGGUAGAUGUCACCCAUCAUGAAGAUGCUCUAACAAAAACAAAUAUAAUAUUUGUUGCUAUACACAGAGAACAUUACACCUCCCUUUGGGAUCUAAGACAUCUGCUUGUGGGUAAAAUUCUGAUUGAUGUGAGCAAUAACAUGAGAAUAAACCAAUACCCAGAAUCUAAUGCCGAAUAUUUGGCUUCAUUAUUCCCGGAUUCCUUGAUUGUCAAAGGAUUUAAUGUAGUCUCAGCUUGGGCACUUCAGUUAGGACCUAAGGAUGCCAGCCGUCAGGUUUAUAUAUGCAGCAACAAUAUUCACGCUCGACAACAGGUUAUUGAACUUGCCCGACAAUUAAACUUCAUUCCUGUUGACUUGGGAUCAUUAUCGUCAGCCAGAGAGAUUGAAAAUUUACCCCUGCGACUAUUUACUCUCUGGAGAGGGCCAGUGGUGGUAGCCAUAAGCCUGGCCACGUUUUUCUUUCUUUAUUCUUUUGUCAGAGAUGUGAUACAUCCAUAUGCUAGAAACCAGCAGAGUGACUUUUACAAGAUCCCUAUAGAGAUUGUGAAUAAAACCUUGCCCAUAGUUGCCAUUACUUUGCUAUCUCUGGUAUACCUUGCUGGUCUCCUGGCAGCUGCUUAUCAGCUUUAUUACGGCACCAAAUAUAGGAGAUUCCCACCGUGGUUGGAAACCUGGUUACAGUGUAGAAAACAACUCGGAUUGCUAAGUUUUUUCUUUGCUUCGGUCCAUGUUGCCUACAGUCUCUGCUUGCCAAUGAGAAGGUCAGAGAGAUACCUAUUUCUCAACAUGGCUUACCAGCAGGUGCAUGCAAACAUUGAAAACUCUUGGAAUGAGGAAGAAGUUUGGAGAAUUGAAAUGUACAUCUCCUUUGGCAUAAUGAGCCUUGGUUUACUUUCUCUCCUGGCAGUCACUUCCAUCCCUUCAGUGAGCAAUGCUUUAAACUGGAGAGAAUUCAGUUUUAUUCAGUCCACACUUGGCUAUGUCGCUUUACUCAUAAGUACUUUCCAUGUUUUAAUUUAUGGAUGGAAACGAGCCUUUGAAGAAGAAUACUACAGAUUUUAUACACCACCUAACUUUGUUCUUGCUCUUGUUUUGCCCUCAAUUGUAAUUCUGGGUAAGGUUAUUUUACUCCUUCCAUGUAUAAGCCGAAAGCUAAAGAGAAUUAAAAAAGGCUGGGAAAAGAGCCAGUUCCCAGAAGAAGGUGUCGGAGGUGCAGCCCCUCAUCUCUCACCAGAGAGGGUUACAGUAAUGUGAUAUUAAACGGUGCUCACUGAGGCCAUAUGACGUUCUCCUCGUGCCAUUAUUUUUAGGACUUCCUCUGUGUUCAUUUCCAAGUACACUGUUGCUGUGGGCUGAAGCCUGUUCAAUGAGAUCCCUACUGCAUUAGCGGUGGAAUUUUCUCCAGAUUAAUUUUCACCAACGUCACUUUGCGAAUAUGACUUUUUGUAGUCAACAUAUUGAAAUUUAGGUAUAUUUUGUUUUGGACAACUGUAACAUGAUUAUUAUUUUAACAAACUAC